AUGCGCUUUUUUGGCAAAACCCUGGCCGGCGCCGGCUACGUCGUGCUAAACAUCAUCCGAGCGAUGAACAUAAUUGCCCUGUUAGCCGUCAUUGCGGCGAGUUCGGUCAUGCUGGUCAAGACCUUCAUUGUGUCAAAGUUUUUCUUUUUCGACGCCUGCGAGCACGUUCUGCGCGUCGUCAUGAGUGGAUUCCUCAUCCUCACCGAGCUGUCUCUGUUCAAGUCCUAUAUCGCCAGAAAUUGGCCUCUUUUCAGCACCCGAUCAAGCUUCGUCAUGCUGGGGCUUGCCAUGAUCUUCCUGGGGAAUAGUAUUCUGGGGAACCUCAACAAGCAAGCCACCAGUCAGCAAAGUCUCGGUCUGCCAUUCUGGCGGCUGGUGAUUGCUGCAGGCAUCAUUGUGUUUGUGAUGGGCUUUAUCAACCUCUCUGCAAGCUAUAUCUUCAGAGAUACCAAAGCACAUCUCACGGCUCGACAAGUCCGGUCCCACGGGGCGGUCGCAUCGCACAAAGCAGAUGUGGAAGCCUCUACCCCGAAACCACCGAGUCGAAAAAGCCAUUAUCGAUCCUUUUUCCUGGGCAAGCGAGAUUCCCUGCCCUCGUACUACUCCCGCAAAAAUACGGACCGUGCCAACAUGGCCGAGACGCCCAAGAUGCACCUGGCCAUAUCCAGUCCUUUCCCCCAAGACCAGUCCCUGACCCGCGCCGCCCAGAGCCCCGGUGCCGCCAGCUCCAAGUACAGCCAAAGCCCCAAGAGUGAGCGAUAUGCUAUGAGUCCUGAGCUCAACCGACCGGAUUUGGCACAUCAUCCUGCCAUGACACAAGGGCAUGCCAUCUAA